ACGUCACUGGGUGUGACGUCACCACACCCGGAAGUGGCAGACAUUUUGUGCUGCCAAGCUUCACAACUCAAGACUUCAACAACCCAGCACAGGGUAAAACACCAGUAAACCAUGGCGUACAACGGAAAGUACAUGCACGGUAUGGGCUGGACCCUUGUGGUGAUGGGAUCUCUCAACAUUAUCCUGGGUAUAGCCGCCGACGCUGCGUUUGCCUCCAUGGGUGCAGACACAGUCUUUCACUUCAUCAGUGCUCCCAUUUGGAAUGGCAUUUUUGUUGUCAUAACUGGUAUCUUGGCGAUUAACAGUGGGAAAAAACCAACAAGCAAGGGUCUGAUGGUAGCAGUUAUGGUACUGGGGAUCUUCACAAUCUUAUCUGCGUUGUGCUGCUUCUCCCUUGGCAUUACUGGAUCUAUUGUUGAUGGAAUGUUUUGUGGCUAUCGCUAUGGUUACGGCUAUGGCUACAGUAGAUACCGAAACUAUGACUGUACAGCGCCAGCCAUUGCCCUGCAUGUGGUGAAUGUUCUGCUGGCUCUGGCUGAGAUCGUCAUGGGCUUCGUGGCUGCCAUCAUGCCGUGUUGCGGGCUGGCGAGUCCCAAUAAUCCCAACGUUGUCAUAACUGGUAUCUUGGCAAUUAACAGUGGGAAAAAACCAACAAGCAAGGGUCUGAUGGUGGCUGUCAUGAUACUGGGGAUCUUCACCAUCUUGACUGCGCUGUGCUGCUUCUCCAUCGGCGUUGCUGGAGCUAUUGUUGAUCCAUUUAAUUGUAGCUAUCACUACAAUUACCCCUAUGGCUAUAGAAGUUACCGGUUCUAUGACUGUGCAACGCCAGCCAUUGCCCUACAUGUGGUGAAUGUUCUGCUGGCUCUGGCUGAGAUCGUCAUGGGCUUCGUGGCUGCCAUCAUGCCGUGUUGUGGGCUGGCGAGUCCCAACAAUCCCAACGUUGCUCCCGUGGUUGUGUACAACCAGCAUGGACCUAACAUGGCACCUGGACAGGCUGCCUAUGUGAUUGUGCAGACAGGUGUUCCAGGUACCGGUGCACAAGGUGUUCCCUACACGACUGUCAGUGCAGCUGGAGGGAUGCCACAGCAGCAGGUGUUCAUCGCCCAGCACCCAUAUGCCGCAGGUGCUCCCAUGCAGCAGGGGUACUAUGGUGCCCAGGCUCCCCCUCCUUACAUGCCACAGUCCACCAUUGGGGCUGCAGCUGGUCAGCCACCUGCAACUGGACAGCCACCUGCAGGGCCACCUGAAGAGACUAAAACCCAGCCACCUGCCUAGAGGCUGGAGUGAGCUAUAUGGUAC